AUGUCUACCUUCAAAAUUUCUUUCAUAUUUUCCAUACUUGUCUUACUUUUUCACUCAACAAAAAGCACAAUUCCAAUUUGUGAAAAAAAUUCAUGUGGAAACAACCCUGAUUUAGGAUUGAAGUUUCCUUUCCAAUUAAGAGAAGAAAAUCGAAUUAGCGAUCGAUGUGGGUACCAAGGAUUUGAAGUAUAUUGCAACGAUAAGAAUCAAACUUUGCUUACACUCUCAAAGUCAACAUUUUUUGUGAAAUAUAUUUCCUAUGACACACAAAGAAUUGGGAUCUAUGGUCCUAAAGAGUGUCCACCAAAACGAUUCCUUCAAAACAUACUCAACGAUGAAUCACCUUUCUUAUGGGACAAUUCUCACGUGAAUGAUAAUAUUUAUGAAAAUGUAACAUUUCUCAAUUGUACAAAUUUUGCAAAUGACCCAAAGAUUGAUGCUCUUCCUACUAUACCUUGUCUAAGCAAUAUUAAUGAUAAUUAUUCUAUCAUGUAUAUGUUACAAUCAUCAACUCUUAAUAAUUCUUGGUGGAAUCAAUCAUGUCAUGAGAUUGGUUUUGCUAAGGUUCAAGUCAAAGAUAAUUCUGGUCAACCAGAGGUAAUCAUGGAUGGACUUUACUCUGAUAUAUUGUUGCGUUGGGACACACCUUCUUGUCAUUGUGGAACAGAUCAAUUUUGUGGCUUUGUAACGGAUAUGGAUCUUCAUGUUACUUGUUACAAUACCACCUACAUUUAUGAUCUCCCAGAUGGAAAUUCUACACCUCAAAAGCCUACAAAAAACUACCUUUUUCCAAUAGUAUGGGGAGUAUCUGCAAUUUUGUUCUUCAUAUGGAUAGCUUUAUCCGUAUACAAAAAUAGAAUGGCGCAAGACAACAGCCAACAAGGACAAACAAUUACAAACAUAGAACCAAGUAAUAGAGAACCACCUUGGUUUAUGUUUGGACUUGAUCAUUCAAGGAUAGAACAAUAUCCAAAGAUUCAACUAGCAGAGAGUGGACAAUUGCCUAAGUCCAUUGAUAAUGUUUGUUCCAUAUGUCUUAGUGAGUAUAAGCCAAUGGAGACAUUAAGGAGUAUACCUCAAUGUAAUCAUCAUUUUCAUGCUGAUUGUAUAGAUGUUUGGCUCAAGAUGAAUGCUACUUGCCCUUUAUGUCGAACCUUGCCCGAGUGA